AUGGGCGGCAAAGCUGCCAGUGGAAGUGUUGUGAACUCUUCAACUACGAACCAAAUAUCCAGUGCAGCGGCAUUGGUUACUCUCAGGAACGCUGAUGGUCUGCUAGCAUUAUACACAAAGAAUAAGGGCUCCGAGAGAAGUGGCGAAGAUAUUAAAUCUCGUUUACACAACGAAAAUUGGAUCCAGUCAGUAUUUCUUGUUAUCAACGACUCUAAAACAUCGCUCGCCGAUCUUCGAUUUCUUAGCAAAGUUUUCGAGAAGAUUGUUCAGUUCAUCGUAUCAGAUCCGUCACCUCAAAUUCGUGAUGCUAUAAAGCCAGUACUGCUGAGUCAAAAAGCAGACUUUGACAAGUUCCUGAAUGAGCUAUCGAGAGCAGAAAUCCCAUGCUAUGGCGCAUCAUUAUGGCUUGCCUAUUGCAAGCUUUUUGUGACGGUUUUUGGGACCAAGAUGCCAAGUAAGGAGUGGAACGAUUUGUUCACUCCAAUGGAGACGUGGUUCAAGAUUUCUGAUGAAGAAGCCGUUAAAAUCUGUCUACAGGCCUGGACUUCUUUCAUUAGUUUUGCUGGUCCAAAACUAAGUACAGGUAUGUUGCGGGAAAAGCUUCUGGCAACUUUCACCAAACCCUUGCGCUCUCAUGCGGUCAUGAACAAGCUGAAAACAUCAGCACCCAUAAUCUCUGCUUAUACUGCGCUGAUCUCCGCAUUUCGUAAUAGUGUCGAUGAUAGAUUCGAAGAGCUGAUCAUCUGCUUCCUUCGCUUUCUUAUUGGCAGUUCCGUCGUUGCCCUUGAAGAUGUGAAGACCAUUGAGAAUGAGAUAGCAAGACCCUUCAGUCAGGACUUCAAGCUUGUGCUCGAAGGAGCCACCUCGAAUUUUUUGGACUAUCUAACCGACUCAAGGACACAUCGUGUUUUCGAGGACGCACCGAAGCACAUAUUUCCGCUAAUUUGUUCUGUCCUCGGUAUCAAAACAUCUAAGCAGGGUAUCCCUGUAUGUGCUAAUAUUCCCAGUAUAAUGCUGAAAUAUGGGAUUUUCCUUGCUCAAGUUCAAACCGACGCGAAUUCGAUAUGUCUCUGUUUUGCUGCACUUGGCCGACGUAUCGAAGCUAUCAGUGAUGAAGGGGCAAGGCGUAGAGAGUCUCGUUUCCUUUUUAUUCAGAUCCGUGCUUGGAUUGCUGAGAGCAGUCAUAGUAUAGAAGAUAUAGAGUCUGCUCUUUGUCAGCUGUUUCGAGGUGGUGAUCUGUCAGUACACGCAAACACAGUUGGAGAAUGGCCAGCGAUGAAAUUAGUUGAAGCCAUUCUCAAGAAGUCUAGAAAGGACGAACAAGAUACUGCUGAGAAGCCCUCCACUAAACUCCUCAGUGAAUUUCUCGAGAUUAUUCCUGGAACACUUCGCGGCGGUCUCGAGACUGAAGGCAUUGUACUGAAACGUUUGGGAGAGCUCUGCGACAUGAUAGAAGGAAAUCUCGACUGCUUCGAUGCACAGUCAGUGCUCAAAACAUGGUCUCAUAUGGCUGAUAUGCUAACUGAUUUUAUAAAA